GUGCUGCGGUCCGAUUUCAACUGGGCAGCAGCUCUUCCACCAGAGCUGCCGGUGGACGCAGCGAAGGCUGGCAAACAUUAUGUCACUUGCACCAUUCUUGACACUUUUGGGGGCUUAAUCGAGGUGAUGUGCGGCCGGUCCGGAGAUCACAUCUUGGUGAUCUACUUGCCCGAGCCGGUGGCUCGGGUCUCCGAUGAGACAUUGGAGGCCCUUUGCCAGGCGGUUAAAGCUGUGCCCUUCAUCCCGCAUAACUCGGACGAGAUGGCGCCUGAAGGGCGGGUGUGGGUGGGCGGCCUAAUGGGCGAUGCCCUCAUGACGCAGGAGCUGGCUUAA